GUAAGCGGUAGUUGAGGAUUAGAAUUUCGCCUGCGGGGGCGGACGCUGCUCCAACACAGCACACGGGGUAAACCAGACACCAUGGCCGAAAAAAAGGAUCUUGAGUGUGGUGACCCCGCGCUGGAAAGUACGCGAAAGCCUAUGGACUUGCCGACUUUACCAAAACCUCUCACAUUGGAAGAAAAGAAGUAUCUCCUAGCAGCAGAGAGAGGGGAUAUGGCGAACGUCAGAAGAAUGCUGCAAAAGGCUCAUCGCCAGAAACACAUCGACAUAAACUGCGUAGAUUCCCUCGGGCGUGGUGCUUUGACCGUGGCCAUUGACGGUGAGAACAUGGAAAUGGUGGAACUGCUGGUGAUCAUGGGCGUGGAGACCAAGGACGCUCUGCUGCAGGCCAUCAACGCGGAGUUCGUGGAGGCCGUGGAACUACUCCUGGAGCACGAGGAGCUGAUACACAAGGAUGGGGAGCCAUACAGUUGGCAGAAAGUAGACCCGAAUACUGCUAUGUUCACGCCGGACGUUACUCCCCUGAUGUUGGCCGGUCACAAGAACAACUACGAGAUCCUUAAGAUCCUGCUGGACCGUGGCGCGACUGUACCCAAUCCACACGACGUAAGGUGUGGCUGUGAGGAGUGCAUCCGUUUGUCAACAGAAGACUCCCUGCGACACUCGUUGGCUCGUUUGAACGAGUACAGGGCGUUGGCGUCGCCCUCACUCAUCGCUCUGUCUUCCACCGAUCCUAUAUUGACCGCGUUUCAACUGUCUUGGGAACUACGAAACUUGGCUUUUGCUGAACAGGAAAGCAAAUCUGAAUAUUUGGAGCUGCGUCGCCAAGCGCAGAAGUUUGCGGUUGAUCUACUAGAUCAGUCACGGAGCAGUCAAGAGCUGGCCGUCAUAUUGAACCAUGAUCCUGAUGAACCAGGAUUCGUUGAAGGAGAUCACAUGAAGCUGGCCAGAUUGGAACUGGCUAUUAAUUUCAAACAAAAGAAGUUCGUAGCUCAUCCCAACAUCCAGCAACUUCUUGCCGCCAUCUGGUACGAGGGUGUACCUGGUUUCCGACGCAAGACAGCCAUGGAGAAGACCAUGAUCAUCUGCCGUGUCGCUCUGCUGUUCCCAUUCUACUGCAGUCUGUACAUGAUCGCGCCCAACUGUGCCACUGGCAAGCUGAUGAGGAAACCCUUCAUGAAAUUCUUGAUUCACGCGUCCAGCUAUCUGUUCUUCUUACUGAUUCUGAUCCUGGUGUCACAAAGAGCGGAGGUGCAGGUGAUACAACUCUUUGGUCCUGAUUGGAUGGUCAAGGAGUUGGAGAAAGAGUUGCUGAAACAGAGAGGGAAUGGGCCAACUUACCUCGAGCUGGUGGUGGUCGUAUACGUGUUAGGGUUUAUUUGGGAAGAAACUCAGGAGAUCUACAUUGAAGGCAUACGCUCCUACCUUCGAAACAUGUGGAACUUCAUAGAUUUCACUAGGAACUUCUUGUACGUGUCCGUGGCUAUGCUCAGGUUCGCUGCGUACUGGCAACAGAUCACAGAGAUCAGGCGAGACCCACAGACUAAAUUCAUACCGAGGGAGAACUGGGACGCCUUCGAUCCUCAACUCAUUGCCGAGGGGUUGUUUGCGGCCGCUAAUAUUUUCAGUGCCUUGAAGCUCGUCCACCUGUUUUCCAUUAAUCCUCACUUGGGACCGCUGCAGAUCUCCCUCGGAAGGAUGGUCAUCGAUAUCGUCAAGUUUUUCUUCAUUUACAGCUUGGUUCUCUUCGCUUUUGCUUGUGGUUUGAAUCAAUUACUGUGGUAUUUCGCUGACCUUGAAAAGAGGAAGUGUUACGUUUUGCCCGGUGGUCUCCCCGACUGGGAUAACGCAGGGGAUUCUUGUAUGAAGUGGAGAAGUUUCGGAAAUGUGUUCGAAGCGUCUCAAUCGUUGUUUUGGGCGUCCUUCGGCAUGGUUGGCCUGGAAAACUUCGAGUUGGCCGGCAUCAAGAGCUACACCCGGUUCUGGGGCCUUCUUAUGUUCGGCUCUUACUCGGUCAUCAACGUUAUCGUGUUGCUUAAUCUCCUCAUCGCUAUGAUGUCCAACUCCUAUGCUAUGAUUGACGAACACUCGGACGUCGAAUGGAAAUUUGCUCGAACAAGGCUUUGGAUGAGUUAUUUCGAAGAGGGUGCAACACUACCACCACCGUUCAACAUAAUGCCGACGCCAAAGCUACUGCUCAGAAUGAUGGGAUUAAGGAAAAAGGACAAACUCAGAAAGAUGAAAAAUAAGGAGCAAAAGGAGAAAGAACAUGACGUACGCUACUUAGCGGUGAUGCGAGCGUUGGUAUGGCGAUAUGUAUCAGCCAUGCACAGGAAGAUGGACGAUGAGCCGGUGACAGAAGACGACAUCAACGAGCUGAAGGGAGACGUGUCCGCGCUGCGGUACGAGCUGCUCGAGGUCUUCGAGAAGAAUGGCAUGGACGUGUCGUUCACCGAUAGGACGGAGAAGACUGUCCUCGGCAAGCGUAUGAAGGUGUGGGAGCGACGCCUGAUGAAGGACUUCCAGGUGGCACCGGUGGCAGGCGUGGACGAAGAGAAGCCGGCUGACGAGGAUGGACUGUCCAAGUUCAGAAGGAUCGCCAAGAUGGCGGUGGCUAGCACCAGUAACGCCAAAUGGGAUCAGACGUUAGCCCAAACUGGAAUUUCGAGCCAGAUUGGGCGCUGUCGAACUCGCGAGUCAUUCAAAAAUCAAAAAAAUCUACAGCGCGCUAUGGACGAAGCAAGAAAGCUUGUAUUGAAAUCACCAUUGCCUGGCUCACGAGGCGCUUCUCCGAUUGACCUGCCAUUGACUCCCGGCGACACAUUGUUGGAACUCAUCAAAGAUAUCUCCACUGAAGUGGGAGAGCCUGCGUCGCCUUUGACCAAAUCACCGUUCAAACCAUCAGGUGGUGGCGGUGUUGGAAUGGGUUCCCUUCUGACAGCAGCUGCCACCCAGAGUAGAGCUGCUUCCCCGAAGCUGCUUCCAUCCAGCCCCACACCUAAGGCUGCCGUAUCGAAAGCCGCGACACCAGUGCCAAGCCCUCGUGCGAUGAGUCCAAUACAGAGCCCAGUGCAGAGCCCGGUGCUAGCGCCGGCCCAGAGCCCUAUAUCAGGGUCUGCUCCAAGCCCCACGCCGAGAGCCAUCACACCGGACCCGGAUGAACCUACACAACAGGAGCCGAGUCCAUUGAAAGCGAAGCGAACACCGGGCGAUACUUCCCCACCGAAAGUGAUUAAGCGAAAGCCACCAGGCGCACCGACUCAAUCUGCUGAUGGACAGGCGCCAGAACCAUCGGCGGAGGAAGCUAAACCUGCUGAAGAUAUAGCCGUGGCGAGGCCGGUAGUGCCUGAGAUCAAACCACCAGAAGGGGCCAUACCUCCACCUCCCCCGCCUGUUAAGCCAAAGGCACCCGCGGUUCCUACCACGGAGGUGACGCCGAGCACGCCACCCGUCCGAGCUGCCUCGCCUAACGCCAAACCUCCCACGCCACCCAAGUCAGUUUCACCCACGCCGAGAGUCAGCUCUCCACAACCAUCCACGUCUGCAGUUCCCGCCCAGUUACCAGCAGAACCGCCAUCUCCACCUAAACGACUUUCUUCCACGUCCAGCACGGAACAGCUGAUCCCACCAGCAUCGCCUGAACCUCUCCGCUCAGUCAAGAAACUUGACGACAUCAAAACCAUAAAACGACAACCAAAGAGUGGAUGGCUUUAA